CUUCCAUAGACGACCUUAUGGCUGUGCCAUGCUCUUCGCGCGACUGUCCCAACGAGGCCUCUUCUCUCAAAUGUCCGCUCUGUCUCAAAGAAGACAAAGUAGUUCCCUUUUGCGGCCAGGACUGCUUCAAGCGCAACUACAGGCGUCGCAUAAGCUUGAGCAUACACAUGAACCAUUCGCAAAGUAUAAGUAUACAGGGCCUCUGAGGGCUUCUUAUCCACUCAGCGCAAAAAGGCUCGUGCCAGACCAUAUUGCAAAACCAGACUAUGCGACACACAGCGAGGGACGUGCCAUGUCGGAGGAAAAGUCACGAAGCAAGGGACCCCGUAUCCACAAUGCAGAAGAAAUUGAAGGCAUGCGGAAAGUCUGCAGGCUGUCUCGGGAGGUGCUCGACGCUGGUGCUGCUGCUAUUGCACCGGGCGUAACAACGGAUGCGAUUGAUGCAAUUGUGCACCAGGCUUGCAUUGACCGUGGUGCAUAUCCUAGUCCAUUGGGUUACUACAAGUUCCCCAAGAGUCACUGUUCCAGUGUCAAUGAAGUCAUUUGCCAUGGCAUUCCGGACAGACGCCCACUGCAGGACGGCGAUAUCGUCAACCUCGACAUAUCCAUCUACUAUAAUGGCUUUCACGGCGACUUGAACGAGACGUACUAUGUCGGUGACAAGGCAAAGCAAGACAAGGAUAAUGUUCGUCUAGUUGAAUGCGCCCGUGAAUGUCUCAACAAGGCUAUUGCAAGCGUCAAACCAGGCACACCCUUUCGUCAAUUUGGUAAAGUCAUCUCUGACCAUGCCAAGACGCAAAAAUGUAGCGUUGUACGCACAUAUUGCGGCCAUGGCAUCAAUCAGCUCUUUCACACAGCGCCGAGCAUUCCUCACUAUGCCAAUAGCAAAGUACCUGGUAUGUGUACGCCCGGUAUGAUAUUCACGAUUGAGCCAAUGAUCAACUUGGGCUCGUACCAUGAUCAGACUUGGCCUGAUAAUUGGACGGCCGUCACGCAGGAUGGUAGGCGCAGUGCACAAUUUGAGCAUACCUUGCUGGUGACUGCGGACGGAGUAGAAGUGUUGACUGCUAGAAUGGAGAAUAGCCCUGGCGGACCGGUCGCCUAGACGUACACAUCAUAAAAUAUGCCACGCUUGCUGAUCACGGGC